AUGGCGUCACCAAGCACCAUCAAAGUAUCAGUCAAGGACGUACCUGUUUUCAGCUUCAACCCGAAGCCUGAAACCGCCGAGAAGGCAAGUGAGGUAUUGCAAAAAGACUACGAGGAACAUAAUAUCUACUUUAAUGACGAAGGAUUCCAUAAUCACAUUGACCAUCAUGUUCUGUCGAUCUUUGCUCUUGGAGCAUCGCCAGAAGAUGUAGAACGAUCUUAUGCCAUCGAUUCAAAGUAUCAAAGACCUGCGCUCCCGGUAGACGAGAGCAUUGUGAAACGCCUAAGUAGCCCAGAUGAAUUCAGGAAACUGGCCGGCAAGAGGGAGCACUACCCGAACUUCCUGCAAUUCUUCAAACAAGAACUUGAGGCUAAAGGAGUUGGCCAAGUUGUGCAUGACUAUAUUUUUGCAGGAGGAGAAUUUGCAGACGAUAUGUUGGCACGGUUUUUUGCAGGCAUGCGCCCCUCCAUAGAUUGA